GUAGUAACGGGAAUGGCGGCGACGCUGCAUACGUCGCUGGGAGACAUCAAGGUGGAGCUCUUCUGUGACAGAGCCCCGCAGUCAUGCGAGAACUUCUUAGCGUUAUCAGCUAGUGGAUACUACGACAAUACAGUCUUUCAUCGCAACAUCAAAGGUUUCAUGAUCCAGGGAGGAGAUCCCACUGGAACGGGAAAGGGAGGAGAAAGCAUUUUCGGCAAGACGUUUGCCGACGAGAUCAAAGAGGACCUCAAGUUCUCUGCCCGUGGGAUGUUAGGAAUGGCGAACAAAGGGCCGGACACGAACGGCUCACAGUUCUUUAUCUCGUACACGAAGCUUCCUCACCUGAACAUGAAGUAUCCUCUGUUUGGCAAAGUCAUCUCUGGGUGGGAGACGUUGGACGCGAUGGAGAAGGUUCCAGUGGGAGCGAAGGAUCGACCGGUGGAAGAGAUCAAGCUCAAAUCUAUCACUAUACAUGCAAACCCGAUUGCUGAUGUUGCAAUACAAUAGAAGACUAAACUAAAUCAACGACUUUCGAAGAUGUA